AUGGGGUUGCUCUUCAUUCAGAACUCUGGGGCACUACUUCUUGUGGUAUGGGGAAAACAUAUGAAAUAUCUUCAUUACCCUGAUUUCAGUAUUGAGGUAACAAAAAAAUGGCUUCCACUUACGUUAUUAUUUGUAACGAUGCUAUGGACAUCAAUGAAGAGUUUGCAUACCAUGUCAGUUUCAAUGCAAACCAUUAUAAAAAAUCUUGCAGUUAUUUUUACUGCAUUUGGUGAUUCGAGAUUGUACGGUAGACGAGUUACUCCUAUAAUGUAUUUCUCCUUUGUCCUUAUGGUUUUGGGUAGUUACAUGGGAGCUAAAGGUGAUCAGUGGAUCACUAGUUGGGGAUUAUUCUGGACCUUUGCAAAUGUUGGGGUAACUGUGGCUUACACAUUGUACAUGAAACGAUUAUUGGGAGAUGUAAGCAAGCAAAUUGGUCGCUAUGGACCGGUUUUUUACAAUAAUUUGCUUUCUUUACCCUUCCUUCUUGCGGCUUCAUUACCUUCUAUACCACAGAUGGUAUGUUCCCUUAUGACUGCCUCUAUAGGUGCACUUCUCAGUGUUUUAUUAAUGAUUCUAACAGGAUCUGUAAUGACUUUUGCGGUAUUCUGGUGUAUGAAGGAGACUUCACCAACAACUUUUAGUGUUGUUGGUGCAGUAAACAAAGCCCCUUUGGCUAUCUUGGGAAUGGUGGUUUUCAAGCAAUUUCCAACAUUUACUGGUUAUGUCGGUAUUACUAUGGCUCUCGCUGGUGGAUUUAUCUACACAUAUGUAAAUGUGACUAAUAAUGCAAAACCCUCAGAGGAUCGCAAUAAUCAUCUAACUGUAAAGCCUAGUUUUCCCAGAGAAUCCCAAAAGGAAAAAUCUGAUGUUACGGGUAAGCUAAAAGAAUACGUAUAA